UUUCAAUCCCACAAUUCAUAGUGGCAGAGCCGGUUUUUUUCAAGGCAUCAUGGCGGAUCCCAGAGACAGGGGACUUCAAGAUUACAGAAAGAAAUUGCUCGAGCACAAAGAAAUUGAUGGACGCUUGAAAGAAUUGCGUGAACAACUGAGAGAACAGACAAAACAGUAUGAAAAAUCAGAAAAUGAUCUGAAAGCUCUACAAAGUGUUGGACAGAUUGUUGGUGAGGUCCUGAAGCAGCUUACAGAGGAAAAAUUCAUUGUCAAAGCAACCAAUGGCCCACGGUAUGUGGUUGGAUGCAGACGGCAACUGGACAAGGCUAUGCUCAAACCUGGUACUAGAGUUGCAUUGGAUAUGACCACUCUGACUAUCAUGAGGUACCUUCCCAGAGAGGUGGACCCCCUUGUGUACAAUAUGUCUCAUGAAGACCCUGGCAGCGUCUCCUACUCUGAGAUCGGAGGCUUGGCUGAGCAGAUCAGAGAGCUCAGUCAGCCAGAGAGGAGGGAGGAUGCAGGAGUUGAGCAAAUAAAAUUGAGAGUGAUUGAGCUGCCUCUGACCAACCCAGAGCUCUUCCUGAGGGUGGGCAUCAUCCCCCCUAAAGGCUGCCUGCUCUACGGACCCCCAGGAACUGGAAAAACACUUUUGGCCAGAGCAGUUGCUAGCCAGCUUGACUGCAAUUUUCUGAAGGUGGUGUCCAGCUCCAUAGUGGACAAGUACAUUGGUGAGAGCGCUAGGCUGAUCCGAGAAAUGUUCAACUACGCCAGAGACCAUCAGCCCUGCAUCAUCUUCAUGGAUGAGAUCGAUGCCAUAGGUGGUCGUCGUUUCUCUGAGGGGACGUCUGCAGACAGAGAAAUCCAGAGGACACUGAUGGAGCUGCUGAACCAAAUGGAUGGCUUUGACACCCUGCACAGAGUGAAGAUGAUCAUGGCCACCAACCGUCCGGACACGCUGGACCCUGCCCUUCUAAGGCCAGGGAGACUGGACCGCAAGAUCCACAUCGAACUGCCCAAUGAGCAGGCUCGGAUGGACAUUCUGAAGAUACACUCUGGACCAAUCACUAAGCAUGGAGAGAUGGAUUACGAGGCCAUUGUGAAGUUGUCUGAUGGAUUUAAUGGAGCUGAUUUAAGGAACGUGUGCACUGAAGCAGGUAUGUUUGCAAUCCGUGCUGACCAUGAGUAUGUGACCCAGGAAGAUUUCAUGAAGGCCGUUCGCAAGGUUGCAGAUUCUAAGAAACUGGAAUCCAAGCUGGACUACAAGCCUUUAUGAUAGUACCACCAACCAACCUAUCAGGAAAUAUAUGGUAAUUUGAGUCUGGAAAGAGUAAAGGAACAGAUGACAAAAGCAAACAUAUUUGUGGUUUUACUGUAUUCCAAAUGUAUAUUUCAAAGACAUAAUUUUAAAUGUGUAGUUAAUACAGACUUGUGUGAUGAAAAAUAUGGUUUGUUUUUUAUUUUUGUAGUUUGCAUAAGAAUACAUAUUUAAAUAAGCUGUCAACCAUCUUAUAUCCAAUCAUAUGAUUAUCUUAAAGCUCAUUCAGAGGUUACUGAGCAAUACACCAGUCAGUGUAAAAUAUCCUUAUGGAUUUUUGGAAUUCAGAGUCAAAACCACAGAUGUCAUGUACUUUUCAUUUUUGCAUUUGGCAGUUUCACUCGUCUGAUUCAAGAAAUGGUUGAGAUUUAUGGCUGACGUUGUGCCAUAUUAAAAGUUAUCGUCAUAACUCCACUAAAUGGUGGAGAAGACAAAAUGCAAAUGACUGACUUAAAGGGGCAAAUUGCAGUUGCCACAAACAUUUUUAGACUUAGACAUUAAUAAUAUGAACCCAUUGAUUCUUGAAGAAUAGAACUUAGUUCAACUGUCGUACCCCAUCAGAACCCAAAAUAUAAGCUUGUUUUACUCAUGUUUGUAAACAAAGUAAAUGUAAACAAACCUUAUCUAGCCUAAUUUUGAUAUCAUGGCAGGUCAGUCCUUGCAUCCAUAGCUUUGUCUUUGAAUUUGAGCAGUUACAUUUCUGCAGCCCCAUCCCUCAGCUUUUUUUUUUACAGAAAUAGCUACGAGACACUUUGUUAUUGUUUCAAUUGCUGAUUGCUGCUUUAAAAUGAAUCUUAUGACUACAGGUUAACGUGCCUUGUCGUUGACUGUAAAUGUCUUCACUGGCAAGCACAAAAAUGUUCCUUCUGUCUUUGAUCUUGAAUUUCAGAAAAGAUUCCCCUCUAAAACUACUGCUGCAAUAAAAAUGUCACCCAAUCAAUAUAUAUGCUGUCCUAUUUCUUGAUCCCAAGAAGGUGCCGCAUGAUGGAAAAAUAAUAGCUCCAACAUGCUUUCAAUCAACUUCUUUUAGGUUAUGGAAAACAUAAUCUAAUGUGGGAACGCCAUAAAGAGCUGUUUUGCACCCUGUGAGGCAGCCACAGUGUUUGGUCGCAGCUUGUGUGUUUACUGUUCAAAUUACUUUUGGAUGUAUGUAAAUUGUCUUCUGUCUCUAAAUGUUGUUUAUCACUAGCUGCACCAUAUCACCAAGUAACAUUCUGAGUAUGAGUAAAAGUAUGGUGCCUUCAAAUAGUAUUCAUACCCCUUCACUUAUUCCACAUUUUGUGUUACAGCCUGAAUUCAAAAUGGAUUAAAUGUUUUUUCCCCCCACCAA